UUCAGCCAGCAGUCGAGCAACAGUCAGUCAGCAACAUUGUCGUCGUCCGGUAGUGUUUAGUGGCCACCUGCGAGUAGUGCGCGACUUCGAAAAUUCCAAAGCAAAAAUACUCAAGUAAAAAUUCUCGUGGAAAUCGGCUGAAAAUCACAAUAAAAGCAAAUAUCGAAAUAUUUCCGCUCACAAAUAAUUCAUGUGCACAUUUUUGCGAAAGUGUUAUAUAUAUUAUUAUAGAUAUUCAUGCACUUCGUGCAGUGCCGAAAAUAACACAAGACAAGUGAGCUUUAUAUUAGCAAACGAGUGCUAAUUAUUGAAAAAUUGCAUUGUGCAAAUUUGUAAUGUUUUAAAAUCUCAAAAAAAAAGAGUGUUUUCAUCCUCGUGUGUGGGCAUCAAUAUAUAUAUGUAUUUUUUAGUUAGCAGCUUGCUUUUCACUUUUAAUUAAAAUAAAAAAAAAUUAUAUAUUUUAAAAAUUUACAACAACACAAGUCUACAUAGAAACAGAACAGCAAGCAUGUCCACUUCAGCAUAUUUCCUGUCGCUACUCUUGGCGUUGGCAUUAGGCAGCACUGCAGUCAACGCUUUGUUAAAAUGUUGGCGCUGCUCAACAGAUGUAUCCAAUGGUGGCUUCUGCGAUGACCCAUUCGAUCCGGAAUUCAUUUCCGACCAACAACGUUACUGGAGUUACGUGAAUUGCUCGUAUUCGUCGGGUUUCAAGGCGGUCAACGCACGACCCGUGUGUAAGAAACUUGUACAAGAAGUCUAUGGCAAACGUGUAAUUUCGCGCUCUUGCUUUUACGAAGACUAUGAAGACUCCUCCGAUCGUUGCGGUCAUGAAACUAGCUCAUCAUACAUCAAAACGACUUUCUGUCAAACCUGCAGCACUGACGGCUGCAAUGGCGCUGCCGCCUCCUCGCCUUACGUCGCGUUAGUCCUGUUACCCAUCGGCACGCUGCUAAUCAAACUGAUCAAAUGAAGUUCGUCGAAGUGGGCGCGCAGUUGAGGUUAUGGCGGAAAACGUUUGGAGUCCACCUUUGCAAUGCUUUGUAAUCUUAAGACAAAACCAGCUCUUUAAAUAGUUUUAUGUUUAAACACAUAAGUCACUUUUAAACAUACUAUAAGUUAGCGAAUUAAUUUUUCAAUGAAUGUAAAAAAAACCACAACUUAUUUAUAAUUCGUUGGAGUUGUCGGUUCUAUAACUGUAAAUUGUUUGACAAAUAUCUACAUAGCUAAAUUUACACUUCAAAUCGAAAAUAUUUAGAGAACAUUUUUUUGAAAACAUUUAGAGUAAAUUUUUUGAAAACCUUCAAAAAAAUUAUUACAAAAACAACUCAAAACUAUAUCUAAUGAAAUUCGCACAAAACACAAAUAUUUUAAAAAGUAAGAGAAUUCGAUUUCAGCACCGCCAAGCAAAACACACAGAGUUUUACAAUAAAGAGCUCUUAAUAAUCAGGAAAUUAUGGUAACAUAUAACGGUUUCUAGUACACUAAAUAUGCAGUAACUGUUGAACUCUAGCCAUCAGCAAGUGAAGUUUCAUUAUGAAGCCUUUAUAACCCUAAAAAUAAAUAAUAUCGUUUAUACAAACAUACAAAAAUGUAUUACCGUUACUCACAUAAUUGUGUACAAAAUAGCCAACAAUGAUUUUGAACAUCUAAAUACUGUGUAAUUUAGUAUUUAAAUUAUCAUAAAAUAAAGUAAAGUAAAUAAAGUAGCAACAACUCGGUCAAUAA